AUGGCUAUCAACACUGAUGCUGCCUUUGGGAAAAGCGCCCUCGGCGAGAGGGAAGUUUCCAAUCCCACCGACUUCCAGGACACGGAGAAGCUGCUGAGCAUUGCGACCACCGAGCCCACCGGGCAGAGCAACAUCAAACCGUCCGACUCCUUCUCCCUCAAUAUCAGAGGGAGCGUCCGGUCCCUGGAUGCUGACCAGAACGGACACAGAUCACCGCUAAAGUCGGGCUCCAUCGGGCAUCUGUCGACCCCACCCAAAUCCUUGUCCCGUCUCAGCCUGGGCCCGCUUCCCUCCCCGGUGCCGCCCGGGUCCGUACCCCCAAGUUACCUCUGGCUCGCCGUGCUGUCCUGUUUCUGCCCCGCAGUGCCGCUCAACGUAUGUGCCUUGUGGUAUGCAAAUGUGUCGAGGUCUGUUCUCCAUACAGGAGAUAUUGAAGGAGCAAGGAAGUAUGGGCGUCUGUCUAUGCUGCUCAGCUGUCUGGCAAUGCUGCUGGGUGUGGCUGUCAUCAUCUUCAUAGUGUUUACAUUAGAGACCCAGAAGUGAAUUGUGGGAUGGAAGGAGUCUCCUUAAAACUUCACCUGAUCUCAAUUGCACAGACCACAGGAGGAGGAGAUAUGUUGUUUUGAAGAUGAAAAAAGCACAUCUGAGUUGAAAACAAGCUGAAGAGACUCUAAUGUACAAGUUGUGUUUUUUUGUUGUUGCUAUGGACGAAAGAAAGAAAAGGAAAAGAAGUCGCAGUCUCAUGUCAAAUAACCCCAAAAACUCAGGAACAAAGAAAGGAAAAUGAAGGCUGCACACAGUUGUAGUGUUGGAUCAUCAGACAGCACGUUGUGGAGAAAGUGUAACUACUCAUAGUCCAAACUAGCGGUGCACUGAUGUACACACACGCCUGACACACAGACAGAGAAUUGGAUGGCACUGCAUUUUGCUUAUUAAAAAUGGCAAUCAUUAGAUAAGAGGAUGUCCUAAAGAAGACGACAGAUACCAUCUACAUCAAAAAACAUACACAUAUAACAUAGGUAUGUGUUGUGAAGAUAAAUAAAUACAAGCUCAUCAUCAGAGGCAUGAGUGCACCUCUAGUCUGUAAUGCCGCCACUGGCUGCCGUUUCUCUUAACAUUUGCAACAAAGUACAGACUGACUGUGGGAAGAUGUAUAUAAUUAUUUCAUACACUGUCUAAAAUGUACGUUCACCACAACACCUACGGCAGUCAUAGUGUAAUAUCUUGCUUUGCGUGCUACUAUGACAAACUGAUUCCUGUUCGGACUCUACUGAAAUGCCUCAUUAUGUUUACAAUAU